AUGAUGAUUUUUGCUUACGAUAAACUUGGGAAAAUUGUCACUGAUCGAGUUCCAAUUGGCAGUAGUGUAAUCGGGGAUUACUACAAAACAUUCCUUGCCAAAAAAUUGCGACCGGAAAUCCGUAAAAAGCGACCAGGAAUGUUACAAAAUGGUGUGUCCAUAUUGCACGAUAAUGCGCGGCCGCAUAUCGGAGCACCAGUCGUCGCUCUUUUGGAGAAAUAUGGAUGGGAACACCUCAAACACCCACCGUAUUCGCCGGAUUUAAGUCCUCCGGACUUUGAUUUAUUUCCAAAACUGAAGGAACCACUUAGAGAGAUCCGUUUUCCCAACUUAGAUAUACUAAAUGAAGAAGUGAGCCGAAGGAUCCGUGAACUCAACAAAGAUGGCAUCCUAUGCGGCAUUCAAGCGCUCCCGAAACGAUGGCAAUCGUGUAUAGACAAGCAGGGAGAUUAUAUCGAAGGUCUAUCAUAUCACCAAAAAUAA